UAUUUUCUUUUUAAUUGCUCGCCUUAUAUAUGUUUUUCUAGUUUCGGGCGGGAGAGAGAGAAAAAAAACCCCCACUUCUCUCCUUCGCGAAAAUUCUCUCUCGAUCUCUGCAAUUCAAACUGAUCUCUGCCUGAUUAGUAGAUCCGUCUUAUUGUUUGUAGAUACUUGACAACUUGGAGAGAAGGAUGGGGUAUAUUGGGUCGCAUGGAAUAGCUGCACUCCACAGGUACAAGUACAGUGGUGUGGAUCACUCUUAUGUUGCCAAGUAUGUGUUGCAACCCUUUUGGCGUCGCUGUGUCAAUUUCUUCCCACUAUGGAUGCCGCCAAAUAUGAUUACACUUACAGGAUUCAUGUUCUUACUCACAUCGGCACUGCUUGGCUAUAUAUAUUCACCUCGCCUGGAUUCCCCUCCACCACGAUGGGUUCAUUUUGCACAUGGUUUACUUCUAUUUUUAUAUCAGACCUUUGAUGCUGUAGACGGGAAGCAAGCACGGCGAACAAAUUCCUCAAGCCCAUUGGGGGAGUUGUUUGAUCAUGGAUGUGAUGCCCUUGCAUGUGCGUUUGAAAGCUUGGCUUUUGCGAGCACCGCUCUAUGCGGACAAUAUACUUUCUGGUUCUGGGUUAUUUCAGCUGUUCCAUUCUAUGGUGCAACAUGGGAACACUAUUUUACCAAUACACUUAUUCUUCCUCCAAUUAAUGGACCUACAGAGGGUCUCAUGCUGAUUUAUGUCGCCCAUUUUUUCACAGCCAUAGUUGGUGCCGAGUGGUGGAUCCAUCGGUUUGGCGACUCUCUGCCAUUGAUGACUUGGGUUCCAAUUAUAAGUGGAAUCCCAACAUACAAAGCUGUGUUAUAUUUGAUGACAGCGUUUGCUGUCAUACCAACUGUUGCAUUCAAUGUAUUCAAUGUCUAUAAGAUUGUUCAGGCAAGAAAGGGAAGCAUGUUACUGGCCUUAGCAAUGCUUUACCCAUUUGUUGUGCUCUUGGGAGGAGUACUCGUGUGGGAUUAUCUUUCUCUAUCUGAUAUAAUGAGGAAUUAUCCACAUUUAGUAGUAGCGGGCACAGGACUUGCAUUUGGGUUCCUUGUGGGAAGGAUGAUUCUAGCUCAUUUGUGUGAUGAACCCAAGGGAUUGAAAACUAACAUGUGCAUGUCGCUUCUAUAUCUACCAUUUGCCAUUGCGAAUGUGCUUACAGCCAAACUGAAUGAUGGAGUACCAGUGGUUGAUGAAGUCUGGGUACUUGUUGGUUAUUGUGCAUUCACAGCGGCACUCUACUUGCACUUUGCCACAUCGGUAAUACAUGAAAUCACAGCUGCCUUGGGAAUUUAUUGUUUCAGGAUAACUCGAAAAGAAGCUUGAAUCAGCGAAUGGCUUGCAGUGCUUUCGACGCAUGGUUACUUCUGCACUCCCUUUGGAUAUUUCUUCUUCAGCUGGCAAGACAGGAAUGAUGCAGCAAUACUGCAAUACCAGGAUUUGGGUCAUCAGGUUUCAUUUAGUAGUUGAGUAUUUGAGCUGUAAGUGGAUCCAGUAGACAUGGUCCAGUUCUACUGCACCAUUGCAGAUUACUCAUUGAUUUGCACAAGAGAUUAGGCGUUAGACAUGUAUAACCUUUUCCAUGUUUUUUGUUUAAUGUAUUGAGUAUUUAUUACCUGCUGAAUGGAUAGGUUUUGUAGGGCGAGAGUUAUGUUGAACCGUUGGUUAAAGAUAGUUAGGCGGUGUGAUAAAGAUAGUUAGCCGACCCUAAACUUUUGGGAUAAAUACUCGGUUGAUGAUGAUGGUCAGUUAGGCGGUGUGAACUGAUCAUGUAUUCUUAUUUUAUUUCACACUACCAUAAGAGAAAAUUAUAUGAAAGUCGAACGAAUAUAACGAAGCAUUUGGUUGGUGUUUUAGGGGGAA